GGCGCCGAGGCGCGCGGCCGCGGCCAGGAUAAGAGGGAGCGAGGCGAGAAGGAGCGAGGUAGAGGGAGCCUCGCACUCACGACCCGUCCGCUUUAUCCGUCCGUCCGCCACCCCAACGGGCCGCGAGAUGAAAGAAGCAGCAAGAGACUCCCUGCCAGUUGAGAGGCGGAAGCAGGAGGGGCAGAUCUGGGGUUCCAUGAGGAGAACGGGUUUCAUCUUGGGCUCCGGCCUGCUCAUGUUCGUGGCCUUCUGGAACUCUGUCACUUGGCACCUGCAAAGGUUCUGGGGUGCCUCGGGCUACUUCUGGCAAGCCCAGUGGGAGAAGCUGUUUCAUGCGUUUGAAGGGAAGGAAUGGAUUCUCUUCUACUUAGGGGCCACUCUCAUCCCCACCCUGUGUUUCUGGGGCUUCAACGCACUCCUGUUGGUGGUGGACACAACUGGAAAGCCCAACUUCAUUGCCCGCUACCGAAUUCAAGAGGGCAAGAACGACCCCGUGGAUCCCGGGAAGCUCCGGCAGGCCGUCCGCUUGGUCCUCUUCAACCAGUUGGCCAUUUCCUUCCCCAUGGUGAUAGCCCUGUACCCCUGCCUCAGGUGGCGGGGGAACCCCUGUCGCCUUGAGCUGCCCACCUUCCACUGGUUUCUCCUGGAGCUGACCAUCUUCACCCUCAUCGAGGAAGUGAUGUUCUACUAUUCUCACAGGCUGAUCCACCAUCCGCUGCUCUAUAAACACAUCCACAAGAGGCACCAUGAGUGGACAGCCCCCAUUGGCGUGGUCUCUCUCUACGCUCACCCUGUGGAACAUGUCCUCUCCAACAUGCUCCCGGUCAUCCUGGGACCCUUGGUUAUGAACUCCCACCUUUCCUCCAUCACCGUGUGGUUCUCCUUGGCUCUGAUCGUCACCACCAUCUCCCACUGCGGCUACCACCUGCCCUUCCUGCCCUCCCCGGAAUUCCACGACUACCACCACCUCAAGUUCAACCAGUGCUACGGCGUUCUGGGCGUCCUGGACCACCUGCACGGGACCGACGCCGCCUUCAAGCAGACCAAGGCCUACGAGCGGCACGUGCUGCUGCUGAACUUCACCCCGCUCUCCGAGAGCAUCCCCGACUCCCCCAAGAAAAAAGAGUGAGGCCCCGGCCGGGCCCCCGGCCUGUGCUGCGGGCAGCCCCUUUAGCACUAGAGAACCCAGCUCAGAGAACCGGGGCCAGGGCUGAUAAUUCUGCCCGUCCACUAACCUCCUAAUGAAGGGUAGACCCCCCUAAUGACUAAACCAAGAGCGCGGCAGCCACCGGAGCCCGAGUCGGGACCCGCUCCCCCCUCGGGCCGGUCAUUCCCCCGUCGCCGAUCCCACUCAGUCUGAGCUGAAGAACCGACUCCGCUCCAUCUCCCUUCACCCCACCCACCCCCAGACCCCACCCACUGCACACGGGACAUUCCAGGUUCCACGUUCUGGACAAGUUGUUUCUGUAGUAACAUCUGGGGGACAGCUAGACUCGACCCUCUCUACCAGGGGGGUGAGGAGUUUUAUCAGUGCCAUUUCUGAUUAUUAACUGCUUUAGAGGUGGUGGCGUCGGUUUGGAAUGAGGUAGAAGCUGUUGGGUUUAGACCUCAAAACUGAAAGAGGAUGAGCCAUUUGGGAGAUAAUUAAGGGAUGAGAUACUUGCUUCAGAAGUGGGGGUUCUGUGGUCCCGUUUGCUGCCCUCGUCCCUCCCCCCACCCCUUCCCCGCCACACACACCAAUCACCAACAGGUUAAGAUUCUGCAUCUAGAGGAUGGGGCAAGCUUUAUGCCAACCUGACCUAAGGAGAUCAACCGGAGAAAUGGGCAAGUGAUGUCACUGAGUCAGCCCUCUACCAAGCAGGGCUUCCUCCACGGCCCUGCGGUCAGUGGCCGCUCCGGGUCAGUUAUCGGGGAGGUCUCGGCUCGCUGUAGGACACCGGCCUGAAAAACGGACCCCGAACAGCCAAACAAGACAGGCUGAGAGAGAGCAGAGAGGCCAGAACAAAUCGUUCCCUUCCUCGCAAAGCCCACAACCCUCCGCAGUGUUAAGGCCCAAAAAGCCUCAGGUGUUCGGUCCGAGGCAGAGCCGAAAGCCCCCGGGCCUCUGUCCAGGCAGCCCUGGGAUCCCAGGGAGGCUGGCGAGAACUGGGCCCCGGGGACUGGCACACACUAGAGCAGCUCCUGCCCAGCUCGACUCGGGAGGGUGCGGCCCUGCGCACCUGGAGGCAGAGAUUCCGUACCACCCUGGCAGGAACGAUGCCAUGGCUUGGAAGGGGGCAGACCAGAUGGAAAACAAGCGGGGAGAAUCCCAAUCUCCCUCCAAAGCCCAUGGCUCUGGUGGCAAGCCAGCUGCCUCAAACUCAAAGCUCUUCAGAAAGGAAACAGACGGGGCCACUGGUCUGGUUUCCAGACCAGGGGAGCACCGAAAGAAACGGAGGCUGGGUGGGGGCUCUUCCGUGUCCGGCAACCCAAGAAAAACCUGGGCUGGGAGCUACGGGAGGGGACAUCCCGGCCCCGCCUCGCCGGACCUUCCCCUCACCCCCCUGUUCCCGAGGUCACCGAUCCCGGGAGGCACUCAGAAGAGACCCCAAGGUACCAGUGUCUGAAUCGGCAGAUCACCCCCCAACCACCGCCACCUGGCCCCUGAGACGCAUAGGGGUUCACGGUUGUACUUCAAAUACCGUUCUGGGCUCCCAGAGCUGCUGACCCCAGCCUGUAAUUAAAUCUGCAAAUAAAUCAUCUUGAAAAA